GCAUGCCGUCGUCGUGCGUUGUGUAUUGGCAGCGUUUAUAACAUUUGUUGACUCGAACAAAUCCAGAGGCGACGACUUAAUUAAUCAUUCACUCCUGCCGCGAUUUACCAAAACUAAUCUUUGUUGUGGAGUAUGUCUGUUGUUGAUUUUCCCUCUCCGUGUUUUGUUUUCGGUUCUUUCAGUCACCACCGCGCGUUUUGUGUGUCUGAACUGCGACCCCUAAUCAGCAAGACAAGAACCCGAAGCUUCUAGGUUUCGUUUUUCUUGUGGAUUUGACGUGUUGCAGAUACUGCAACUCCACCCAAAAGUGUUGCGUUGCACAGCGGGGGGGAAUGGGUUUCUUUUUCCUGUUAUUCAUUUGACCACGAACGAGCUGAACCUUGUGCAACUGUCAUCAUCUGUUUAAGGGAGGAGUGAACCGUUUCAUCUGUUCAAGAGCUUUCUGAAGACGGACGGCACUGUCGUCUCCGCAGCGGCAGGACCAAGAUGGACAUCGACCUGGACGGAUUGUUCCGCCUGAACGUCAGCUACGACUACGACGACGACUACGUGUAUCAAGAUGACGACCCGGAGUCUCGGGGUGGCCGGACGGUGUGGAUCCCGCUCGUCUACUCGGCGGUGCUGAUUGUGGGCCUGUUCGGGAACGGCCUGCUGCUGGCGGCGCUGGCGCUGAAGAAGCGAGCGUGGAGGACGUCGGAUACCUUCAUCCUCCACCUGAGCCUCGCCGACGUCCUGCUGCUGCUCACGCUGCCUCUGUGGGCGGCGCAGGCCACCCAGAGUUGCGGAUGGUGCCUCGGGCUCCCUCUUUGCAAGAUCAGCGCAGUUAUUUUUAAGCUCAACUUCUUCUGCGGGAUCUUUCUCCUGGCCAUCAUCUGCGUGGACCGCUACCUGUGGAUGGUCCAGGCCAAGCAGCUGUACUCCCACAAGAAGCCCAUGUUUGCCCACCUCAGCUGCCUGACGGUGUGGCUCGUCUCCCUGCUCCUCACCAUCCCCGAGUGGCUCUUCAUGGUAUUGGAGCGGCAUCCGUGGAAGGAGGAGAGAACCCAGUGCGUCCUCGGCCACUACCCAGCCGACACGCGCCUGACAUCGCGCCUUCCCCACCACGUACUUAGCGCAGCCGCCGCCGUCGUCAUCGGCUUCUCGUGCGCGACACUAUGGUCCCAGCGCCCCGCCAAAACAUUCCGAAAGAGGGCGAUCACGCUCAUCCUGGUCGGGGUCUUCUCGCUCUGCUGGAUCCCGUACAACGUCGCGCUCGUCGUGGACACGUUCGGCGGGGCGAAGAAGACCUCCAACAGUUCAUCCGGGGUCCAGCAAAGCUCACCGAGAACCGCGCUGACGGUCACGGCGGCGUUGGGCUGCGUCCACGCCUGUCUCCGGCCGCUCCUCUACCUCGGCCUGAGCAGCGACUUCAGGAAGUGGGCGCUGGCGGCGCUGAGGUGCGUCAGAGCGGAACCCAAGGGCUCAGUGUGGGAGCUGGGCGUAGGUGACGACGCCCCGCUCGAGCAAAGUCCCGAUAUGGAGGAGUUGAAGCAGAUCGCCAGUGUGGAGCAACAAGUGCAGCAUAAAAUUUCCACAUAGCUGUAGAAUUUCCACAUAUCACUCCCACAUAGAGGGGGGGUGAUAUCAGGUCAUGUGACUCGGACUCAAGUCGGGUAUUAAGGUUAAACUGGCGACUGGCUUGGCUAACUAAGACUUGACUGAGACUCGAUCGAAUGCGGAACUUGACUUCUGUGUGCCCUCCCGUAGCGGUUUGAGUUGCUAGUUGUCACUUUGGCAGUUUUUAUUUUUUAAUUUCACUCCAUUAAAUUAUUUAGUUAGAUCCUCUUUCCGUAUAUUUCAUUAUGGUUUAAUAUUUAUAUUUUACAAUACAAUGCUAUAUUUUUUUUCUUUUAAAAAACCUUUAAAAAAUGAUGCCGUUUUGUCGGGGAACAUGAAACGGGCAAUCAUUAGACAACCGGUACAAAUAAAUCUACUUACAAUGUUAUUCCCGGAAUUCAUUCUCUUCAAAGUCAAGGUACCACUGUCUUGCCCGUUGACAAGAAAAAAAAUACAGGUAUGCGUUUUCCAAGUUUGCUUUGUUUAUGAAAGGAAUGUUACUUGCUAAAUAGCGCGCACGCUAACCUGGCAACCCACCAGUAUGUUACAAAGCGAGACCCAAGCAGGGAGUUCCGAAGAUAAUUCUCUUUGAAUUCCAACGAUAUGUUUUUGAAAAAGAGAAGAGCAACAUGCAAGGUUUGCAACUUACAGAUCAGAGCCACAACUACGAUCUCAACUUAAUCCGUGACGGGCAUACCUUGCUAACUUCACGGUGUAGCCAACCUAAAAUCGGGUAAUUGUUAACUCCGCUCAAAGUAGGUUAAGUGUUUAACCUCCUUGUAAGUAAUAACAUAAUGCGGAGACUGGUUCGGGAACGUUAAGAACUGUGAUUGUGAACGUUUUGGUCCAACUAGCUAACGCAAGUGCAGCUCGGCAUUAGCAUGUGCAGUAGUUUCAACGCUAAGUGUGGUUGGUGUGCGACUGAGAUUGACUCGACUUAAUGAUCGACCAAACCCAAGUCUGCUUGACAUUUCGAUCUAACUUUGGACUUGGUUGAAAGUGAAGACUUGAGACUCAUGACUUGUACAUUUGUGACUUUGUCCCAUCCCCGCCACGCGGGUGGCUUAUUCAUGAUGCCUCGUGGAAGGGAACUUUGUGUCAUGUGCUUCAAGAGCUGAGAUGUGCGCUGACGUUUCAUGUCCCAGAGGACAUUAUUUAUUUAUUCAACCGCAGUUUUUACAGCGUUGCUUUUUGUCACAUUGUUUACACGUUUUUAAAUGCCUGUGUUUUAAUUGUUGCCGUUGUCGUAAACCUGUGUUGACACUGCCUUCUCUUGACACCACCUCGAAGUUGUCAUCAUUGUGAUGAUUGUUGUUGUUAUUGUAACAAUAGUAUUUUUAGAUUGAGUUGAUGUUGCUCGUGGGACAGCUUUGAGUGAGAAACAGGAAGUGACGUGUGUUCUCCCGUAUGUUACGAACCUGAGUUACGUACUUGUACUUAAAAGUUAAGUAAGCAAGAUGCUUUGACCGUCCAUUUGUAUGGUCAGUGAGAAUGGAACAGAGUGAAAAAAAAGUUAUGAGUGAUGUUUUUAUUUGAUUGAUGUUCAUAUAACCCCCCCCCCCCCCCCCACUAGCAGAGUCCAGAUUGUAAGAAUCUUUCUAACGUCCUGAAGAAGGGCUUACAGCUGUGACCCAAAACACUUCAACGUAUCCAAACGAUGCUGUGCUAAAAAUCAAAGUGACAAGGAAAUCCAACUCUGUAGUGGAGUGUGUGACUUUUUUUUAUGGUAGGGCAGUGUUUUUCUAGCACAGUAGUUGUAGUAGCUAAAUAUUAUUAUAUGUUAGAAGAUAAGCUCCUGUCCUUAUCAAUGUUUGUGUGAUCCUAAACCAUGCCAGUCACUUCAUAAAGUUGACAAUGAUAACAAAGAGCAUUUUACUCCAUAAACCAACAGAGCGAGAACUCCGCCGUUAUGCAACAUGCGUUGCAUUUAGUGUCGGCAAGGGAAUUUACCCCCUGGGCAAAUGCUGCAAUUUUUAAAAGAAAUUUUUCACUACUACAUGUUUGUACAGGCAACAUAGCGGGUUGACGUAGAUACAUUGGUUGACAUCAUCGGUCAUGUGCGUCUACGAGACUAUUAAAAGUGUUUGCGUGUCGACUGUCGACUCCCGGUCUGUUUUGGAGGGUUUGUCUUGCACAGCCAACCAGACCAACCUGAUUUGUCAGUCGAGGUCACGUCAACGCAAAGAUGACUUUCACAGAUGCCUCUUUGUGUUGAACAGGGUGGAGGAACCUUUAUCGGUGUUCACAACGUCUCCUGCGGCCUGAUCAAAUGCACGAAAACAGUCAACCAAAUUUGGGUUAUGAGUAACUGCAGCUCAAAUGUCGUUUUUGUUUCCUCUCAAAUAAACAUGUUCAUGGUGAGCCACGACUACUAAAAGCCUGAA